AUGGAGGGGUUUGUGUAUUCACCCCUCAAUACACAUGCUUAUAACAACUCGAAAUCAAGGCAGCAGAAUUGGAGUCGGAAGACCUACCCGCAUGGGACUGUGGAAGCGGUUGAAUAUUUGGAUAACUACAAGAGGGCACAGCUGAGAGCUAUUCUCUCCCAAGUGAACCCCAACCUGACCCCACGCCUGAGAAAAGCAAAUACCAAAGAGAUUGGGAUCCAGGUGAACCCGAAAGUGGAUGCUUCUGUCCAGUGCUCCCUGGGGCCCAGGACACUUCCUCGCCAGAAGAGGCGAGCAGUCCCUGAAGGAGCAGGGGCGCGGAGCCGCUCACCGUCCCCUGAAGGAGCUGCAGAAGCCGGUGAUGACCCAGAGCCUGACGGAGCCUCAUCCCAGUCUCCGACGGUCGUGCGGUUCUCUCGGCCCAUUGCCAUCUACUCGCCGGCAUUUGAUCGGGGCCCAGGAGAGAAAGAUGUUGCUCCAGGGAGGCAGCUGCAGGAGGAGGAAGAGAAGACCCAUUCGGAAGACUGGGAGAAUGAUCCCCCGUCACAACAGGAACAAGCGGGGGCCCCUCUGUCUGAGCGGGCAAACCUGGACAAGGCUGCUCUGAAGGAAGAGGACCAAGCCAAAUCUGAGCAGGAGAACAAGCAAGAAACCAAAGCAGGCGAAAACAGCCAGAAGUUCAGAUUUCAGUUUCUGGAGCAGAAAUAUGGAUACUAUCAUUGCAAAGACUGCAAUAUCCGAUGGGAAAGUGCUUAUGUCUGGUGCAUUUCUGGAACCAACAAGGUUUACUUCAAGCAAUUUUGUCGCAAGUGUGAUAAAGGGUAUAAUCCCUACAGGGUGGAAGCUAUUCUGUGCCAGACUUGCUUCAAAACCCGCUGCACCUGCACUCAGAAGAAGCGUCAUAUUGACCCAAAAAGACCACACCGUCAAGAGUUAUGUGGCCGUUGCCGAGGCAAGAGAAUAUCCUGUGAUAAUACAUUCAGCUUCAAGUAUAUUGUCUGA